AUGCCCCUCCACGAGCUGGUGCCUCUUUACGGGCCUAUCGCCGCUGAGGCUGCCGCUGCCCGAGCCCCUGUCGGCCUCUACUUCGAGGCGCGCCUGGCGAAACUGGGCGCCGAGGCGGCCUCCAUUAUCGAGGUGAUGGCGGAGUGGCUCAAGGCCGACAAGACCUUCCCGGAGGUGGUGAUCGAAGGCCAUUCGGACCGUCUCGAGCCUCAGGCUCCGCAGCUGUCGCUCUCCCGCGCCAGCGCAGUCCGAGAUGCCCUCACACACCUGGGCGUCCCUUCUUCGAAGCUGCGAGUGCAGGGGCUGGGGUCCGACCACCCUCUUUCUCUGGCGAAUCGCGCGUGCAACCGCCGCGCUGAAGUCCAUCUUCGCGGGAAGCGCGCCGGAUGA